AUGGCCUCAAUGAGAUCCGGAGCUGCAGCUGACAGUAUCUAUAGGCCAAACCUGUGGUACUAUGGUCAGCUGCAGUUCCUGGAUGACCACAUUGAGUCCAGGCCAUCCCUGUCUACCCUUCCCCCAAGAGGUCGCUCCGGUCUUCCCUGCAGUCAAUCCUCCAGUCUUCCCUGCAGGCAAGAGCAGGCAACCUCUGAGGAAGAGCCAGAGUUCCUGGAGGAUCCAGAUUGUGACCCAUGGAGCCAGUACAAUAAAAUAAACAAUAAUAUCAAUAAUAGCAAUAGUAGUAAUUAUUACAGUUUUAAUAAUAAUAAAAAGGUUAAUAUGAUCACUUAUCAUUUGAACUCAGUUCCAGGUCUAUAUGCGCUGCCUACAGGACAGAAAUACAAGGUUGUCAUUCCACAGCAAAUCCAUGCACUGUACAAAAGUGAUGCUCAGGACCAAUACCCACAUGUGGUUAAGUAUGAAUUACAGAUUGAAGACAAACCUCUGGUUAUACACCUGGAGAGGAAUGAGGAACUGGUAGCUGAUAGAUAUAUGGAGACAAGCUAUGAUCAGGAUGACAGACCGAUAAUGAUAAGCCCUCAGGGGAACAUAAAGGAUCACUGUCACUAUCAAGGCUAUGUUGAAAAUGACAACCAAUCAAUGGUCAGCAUCAGCACCUGCUCUGGGUUAAGUGGGCUCAUCCUGACACAAGGCCGGAGAUAUUUAAUUGAACCACAGAACCUGGCAGAGGGAAUGCAUGUUGUAUAUGAGGAAGAAGAAGAAAACCCCAAAGCCUGUGCAGUGACAGAUGGACAUUGGGAGGGAUCGGUGUUGGCUCAGGAGGUGUUACCUAUUCCUACUCAGGAAGAAAUUGACCAUCUUCUGAAUGUACAGAAGUUUGUAGAACUGGUUGUGGUUGCUGAUAUAUCAAUGUAUCAUAAAUAUGAAAAUAAUACCGAAUCUGUGAAAGACAGAGUAUUUGCAAUAGUUAAUGUCAUGAAUUUGGAUUACAAGAUAUUAAACAUUUCUGUGGUUCUUGUUGGGCUUGAGAUCUGGGAUACCAAGGAUCAGAUUGAAGUAAGCACUAUAAUUGGAGAUACUUUGUCAACGUUUUCUACAUGGAGAAAGGAAAAGUUAUUGCCUAGAAUAGCACAUGACAAUGCUCAUCUUAUCACGAAUACAGACUUUAAGGGUCCUGUAAUUGGACUGGGAUAUGUCGGAGCUAUGUGCAGUGAAAAAUCUUUAGGAGUCGACCAGUGUUAA